AUGUCAGGCUACGCGUGUGCGUCAAAUGGAUGCCGCAAUAUCGGCAAGCGUCGUCGCGGUAACUGCAAGACAGACUACUACUGUAGCAGAACUUGCCGGCAGGCGCACUGGAAGAAACACAAGUCUACCUGCAAAAAACCUGAUGCCUUCUUGCCAUUGAGACCCGGCGUCCUUGACUUUAUGAGACUGCCUCGCGAAGUGCGUGACAAGAUCUACGCAGAGGUUAUCAUUGCCAGAUUCUCUCCCUCCGAGCAGGCCGAGUACGACGAGCUCUCAGCUCUCAAAGGCAAACCAGAUCGCUGCAACAGACGUAGAAACCGCUCGGACUUGCUCGACCGCCACUUGAUGGUUUCUCAUGGAGUUGAUCCUUUCGAAAUCUGCAACGUUCCCUUCCAGGGCUUCGGACCUCUCUUCAAAGUCCGUGGACUACUUCUCGCAAACAAGCAGAUCUCUCAGGAGCUCAUGGAGACUUUUUGGUCCAAAAACACCGUCUUCCUUCUUGUCCAAGAGGAUCACCCUCUCAACAUGCCUGGUCAACCAUACCACGACUACACUGCUCGAGUCACUCAGAGGGCCAAGAAGCUGUAUAUCAACGUGGUUACCGCCGAAGACCACCCUGGAGAAGACAACUUCCAAACUUGUGUCGACACCGUCAAGCGCCAGCUGAACGAUAUCGUCAGCUCCCUCAACCGUCAUGGCGACAGACUCGAAUCGCUGACUGUACGCUAUACAUCAUGCUUCCCUGGCGAGAUCGAGGAUCUUCGUGUCGAUGCCGAUGGUUUGGCUGCUCACAGAGAGGCUCGUGUCAUCUGGGUCAUGGAUCCCCGUACCGACAAAAUGCGCUCUCUCAACCACACUGAUAAGAAGCAACUCUACCUCCACAGCGCCACUAUCGCCGACGCCUUGUGCGCGCUCCACAUUCCCGUCUCUAACUUCCGCAUCUUCGGCGAUCUCUCUGGCCCCGAUCUUGCACGCGUAUCCCGCAAGUUCGGUAGUCCUGCCCCUAAGGCCUCCAAAGAGAAGCUGGACAGGUACGGUCAAUGUCUCAACAAGCGAGCUGAGGACUUCAGACAGAUGGCCAACAACAAUCCUGGUUCGGCUUAA